AUGCGUAAUAUUUGGAGCGGUCUUACCGGCGGUAAACGCAACCCUGCUUACGGAGACGCGGAUGGCCUUAAAGCGGUCCCGGGGAAAUUCCGAGAAUUCCUACCCAUUAUGUCGGCAGAAGCCGCCAUACGCGUUCCUGACCACCAACCAUGGGACCACACCAUCGAGCUCAAGGAAGGAGCCAAACCCACUUGGGGCCCUCUUUACCCCCUGAGCGAAAGAGAACUUAAUGUCCUCAGGCCCUGGCUAGAAAAGAAUCUCCAAGCCGGACGCAUACGACGCUCUAAGUCGUCGGCGGGCUCCCCCUUACUGUUCGCUGAGAAGAAGGACCCCCUCGACCCUCUGCGCCCUUUCAUUGACUACCGAGACCUCAACUCAAAAAGCGUACCGGUCCUAUGCCCGAUACCACUCAUCACGAAAUUCCAAGAUAGACUCAGAAAGGCUUAUUGGAUGACGAAGAUCGACCUCAAGACCGGGUUUAACCUCAUCCGGAUGAAAGAAGGCCACGAAUGGCUUACAGCAUUCCGCUGCAAAUACGGCCUCUUCGAGUACACAGUAAUGCCGAUGGGACUCAUCAAUGCACCCGCAACAUUCCAGAGCCUGAUGCACCACAUCUUUAUGGACCUUAUCGACUCAGGAUUGCUGGUUUACCUGGACGAUCUGUUGAUCUAUGCAGAAACAGAGGAAGAGCAUGACAGAAUAGUCCGGGAAGUCCUCAAAAGACUUAUCAACACAACCUGGCAGUCGCUCCUCGGAAAUGCAGCUGGGGCGUCUAAGAAGUCGAAUUUCUCGGCCAUAUGA